AUGCUGAUGUGGCAACAGCAGAAAAAACGAAGGCACCAUCAGGGGAGCCUCCCCGCACGACACUGCUCCUCGCCCGCGUCGGACGAGUCGAUCGCCCUGCUGCACGGCAUGCCGCACACCACCGCGCAGGCAGCUGCGGACCUCCGGCCGCCGAUUCGUCCACGGGCAAGUCAGCCAAGCUCACAUCUAGUACUGCUGCAGCAUCUGGAGGCUGCUGCUGGAACGGAGGCACUACCCCUCCUCCAUCGGCUCGCUCUCGUCCGCCAGCUCGUCGACGAACGCCUCCCGGUCAGACUGCCCCAGCUGGCCUGCCUCGUCGACGCGCAGUCCCACGGGGGCGGAGUGGGUUGCACGGUGAGCGUUGGAACGCGGCUGGCGAAACCAGACCGAGGGCGCCGUCGCUCGAACAGCUGCGACGACGACGGCGGCUUCCGCAGGCGCUCGGGCGGAGGCGACCGCGCGAGACGGCCGCCUCAGACAGGCCCGAUGUCCACGGACUCGAGCUCACUCAGCACCGCCGGCGGCGGCAGAGCGCCGCGUUUCGACGGCACGUACCUUGCACGCCCUGUCCGCCUCCCUUCACCGCAGGACUCGAGCCGCCGCACCACCACGCGCAGGACCGAGGCCUCACCCCGCCCUCGACUCUUGGAGCGCGAGAAGCCCGGUCCGCCACGGUGCGCCCCCUGA